GUCAAGGAAAGCUUUCUUGUCGGUUUCGCAAUCACGAACCAUUUCGAUUUUUUUUUCUCUUCCUUGGUUCAAUUCAAUCCUCUUCCAGUCUUCUUCCCCAAGUCUGAUCCGGCCAUGGCCUCGCACGGGAGCAGCACGACGGUGGGGGAGAUGGAGAGUAGCUUGGAGCGGGUGAGGCGGCAGCUCUCCUCCACCUCCAGCCGACACAUCCUGCAGGGCCCUCUCCUCAAGCGAUCCGACACGCUAAGAAAAUGGAAUGAGCGGUGGAUUAUACUUGAUCCGGCAACUGGAAAGAUGGAAUACAAGGUUUGUAGAAGUGACACAGGUGUCAGGGGAGUUAUUGUAUUUGAUUCGACAAGCACUGUGACUUUGUCACCAACAAACUUUCACGGACUGCCAAAAUACGAAGGAUGCUGUUUCUAUAUCGGAACUCCGCAGAAAAAGGAGUAUUUUCUUUGCGCAGAAACUCCCAGCGCUGCAAGAGCAUGGGUAUCUACUUUACAUGCAACUCAGUUGGUCCUACAAGCUCAUAAACAGGCGGUGAAUUCAUUGGGUGGAAAUGGUUCUGCAAAAUUGGGAACAGUUGCAACUGUUGUGGCCGUGGCCAAUUCGACAGCAAUUGAAGCAUCCAAAGAAGUAGAAGCAGCGAUGAAGAUCUCCCUGCGAGCUGCUUUAGGCUCAACCACAAAUAAACUUACUAAAGGUCAAUUAGAUGAUCUCACAAUCAUGAUGGAGACCCUUCGAGUUAAAGAUGAUGAGCUGCACCAGCUAUUGCAAGAUAUCCGUGCACGUGAUUCCACCAUCAGGGAGAUUACAGAUAAAUUACAGGAGACUGCUGAGGCAGCUGAGACUGCUGCCUCUGCUGCUCAUUCAAUUGAUGAAGGGAGAAGAAUUUUAUCUUCCGAACUUGAACGUCUGAAAAAAGAUCAGGAAAAUCAAGUUGAACUGUCCUUGCUUAGGUUGAAGGAAUCAGAAGAAAAGGCAAAGCUUCUUGCUGAAGAAAGAGAGCAUUUACUGAAGGAAAGAGAUUCUGCUCUUCAAGAAGCUCAAAUGUGGCGCUCUGAACUUGGAAAAGCUAGAGGAAAUGCUGUAAUUUUAGAAGCCGCUGUUGUUAGAGCUGAAGAGAAAGCUAGGAUUUCAGCAGCUGAUGCCGGCAUGCGGAUCAAGGAAGCUAUGAGCAGACUCGAAUCUUGUACUAAAGAAAAGGAAGAACUCUUAAUUCUUGUUGAUACUUUGCGAUCACAAAUACAAAGGCAAGAGACUAACACAAAACAAGUUCGUGAAGAGAGGUCAGAUCUGUGCUCUACUUCAAAGCACAUGGACAUGGAAGAUGAUAAUGUGGAUAAGGCUUGCUUAAGCGAUACAGACCUGAUACCCAUUACGGAGAAUAUAGUUGAUUUGGACGAUGAGGGAGUCGAUAUACGUACGAUCGGGGACACUGAGUGGGAAAAUCCUCACUCCUCUGAAGUGUCUGAUGUAAGGGAGGUGACCACAGAACCUGAAGAAAGCAGCUUGGAUAUUCCUGUUGACAGCCAACCAGUUUCUGAGAAUACUUUCCAAGGCUAGGCUAGACUCUUCCAUUCUUGUGCACCCUGACUACUUGUACUCGAGUUUUUUGGUUCAUCUCAAAUAUUCUUACAUCUUCAGUUUCAGCAAUGAGCUCCUGUACUCGAGUUCAUUCACAGGGUUUGCCCGCAUGUAAAUCUAAGUGAAACAAGAAUAGUUCAAUUGUGCUUAGCAAGUGUACCAUCGGAAGAUAUGUUUAACAGUUAGUGAAUUUUCUCUUGGUUGCAUCAUCUAUGAGAAAUAUCGAAAGAUCUUGCCGUGAAAA